CAUUACAUAAGUCAAAUUCAACUAUCUUUUUAGUUAUAGAAAUAUUAGCAAAAGAUAAUUGCAAUAACCACGUACGUGUGAAGACAAGAACUCCUUCAACGCAAUAACAACAAAAUCAAAUUCUUCGGAAAUCAAAACAGCAGCGAUCCAGACACAGCAAUUCACAAUCUCUUACAGCUACGGUGGUGCAUGUAUGGUCUGUGUUUUGCACUUCUCACCGACAUGCACAGAGGUACGUAAAAAACUCCUGCAACACAAUUCAACUAUACCAUGCACGAAUGAAUGAGAUUAUCGUAUUUGGUUCUUUUGUUGAUGUUUACAGAGUAUAAUGGAAAGCCAACCUUCACACAGAUCGUGGUGGCUUCCUCCAUUGGGUUGAUAUUUGCUGCAGCAAUGCAUUAUCGACUUAAGAAAAUGAGAGAUCGAAAGACCAUUCCACGUCUGAGAAUAUCAAAAGCAAACCGUACCCCAAAGCUUGAAAAGUUUCCUCAUUACGUAGCUAGGCAAAUGGGGUUCAAAGAUAGAAGAUGUUGUCCUCAUCUUUGUAAAUUGGCUUCUGAAUACAUAAGGAAAUCCGAGGGAUGUGAAAAUGAUCUCUAUGCCUUCUUUGAGAAUGAACCAGAUGCCGAUUCGCUUUUUGUGAAGCUUGUGGAAGAGUUUGAGAGAUGCAUUCUCAGUUACUUUGCAUUCCAUUGGAGACAUGGUGAUAUUUUGAUAAGUCAGGUGUUUAGCUCUGAAAUUGAACCAAGGGCAAAGCUCAGGCACAUAGUUAUGGCAGCAACUAGGGAACAAAGGAUCGACAGAGUGACCAAGAAUCUGAAGGUGGCUAGAGUUUUCAACACAUUAGUGGAAGAAAUGAAAGCAAUGGGACUGACAAAUGAUGACUCCCAAUGCACAGAGGUGAUGGCUCCAGUGGCUCACAGUGAUAGGAGCCCAGUGCUUCUUUUCAUGGGUGGUGGCAUGGGAGCUGGCAAAAGCACUGUACUUAAGGACAUUCUUAAAGAACCUUUCUGGGCAGGAGCAGCAGGCAAUGCUGUCAUCAUUGAGGCAGAUGCCUUCAAAGAAUCAGAUGUUAUCUAUAGGGCCCUCAGUGCAAGAGGGCAUCAGGACAUGAUUAGAACAGCUGAACUGGUACACCAAUCAUCAACUGACGCAGCCUCAUCCCUCCUGGUGACAGCACUAAAUGAGGGGCGUGAUGUAAUAAUGGACGGUACACUCUCCUGGUUACCAUUUGUUGUGCAAACAAUAACAAUGGCUAGAAAUGUCCACCGCCGCCGCUACCGCAUGGGACCUGGCUACAAGAUGAAUGGCGAUGGAACUGUCACUGAAAACUAUUGGCAGCGAAUUGAUGAAGAGCAAGACCGGGUUGAAGGAAAAAGGAGAAAACCAUACAGAAUAGAGCUUGUUGGAGUAGUAUGUGAUGCUUACCUUGCUGUCAUUAGAGGCAUAAGGUAG